CGCCCGCCCGCGCGGAGCCGCCUCCCCGCCCAGCGCCGGCCGAGCGGCGGCGGCGGCGGGCCGAGGAGGAAAGAUGGCGGCGGGCUCGGAUCUGCUGGACGAGGUCUUCUUUAACAGCGAGGUGGACGAGAAAGUGGUGAGCGACCUGGUGGGCUCGCUCGAGUCGCAGCUGGCGGCCAGCGCGGCCCACCACCACCACCUCGCGCCCCGCGCGCCCGCCGCUGCUCUCGGGAACCACGCCGGAGCCGGGGCGGCCGAGGGCGCGCCCGCCGCGGCGCCGGAGCCGCCCCCCGCAGGGCCCGCCGCCAAGCUGAGCGCGCUCGAGGCCGGCGCGCCGCCGGGGCCCGGGACCGGGGCCUGCGCGGGGCCGGGGGCCGCGCCCGCCGCCAAGCCAGCCGCCCGCAACGGCCCGCCCGGCGGCCCCGGCGCCGCGCAAACUUUGAAUGGGAGCGCCGCGCUGGGGAACUCGCUCCGCGCCGCCGCCGCCGCACCUGCUGUCAGCCUCCUGCACAACGGGCCCCCGCCCGCGCCGCCGCCCAAGCCCGCCGCCGCCACUGUCAUCCAGACGCCGCCCUUCCGCGGCGCCCCCGCCGCGCCCGCGCCCCGCGCCCCCUCGCCCCCCGCCGCUCCCACCGCGCCCCCCGCGUCCGCCGUUGCCCCGCCGCAGCCGCCCGCCGCCGCCAGCCUGGCCCGGCCGUCCGGCCACCCGGCGGGACCCCCGGCGGCCGCGCAGAACGGGGGCAGCGCCGCGCCCGCACCCGCCCCGGUCCCCGCUCCCGCCCCGGCCCAGUCCCCGGUCCCCGCCCCCGCGCCCGCUCCGGGCCCCGCGCCCUCCCCCGCGCCCGCUCCCGCCCCCGCGCCGGCCGCCAACAGUCAGCCCGGGCCUGCCGCCGCGCCCGCGCAGGUGGCCAAGGCCGACUCGCCCAAGACCGCUGUGCAGCCGGCGCCCCCGCCGCCGCAGACCCUGGCGGCCAGCUGCCCGGCCGGCACAGGAGCCGGCAUGAUCCUCGGGCCAACUAUGCAAGGGGCGCUGCCCACCGCCACCGGCCUCCCGCCGCCUGCCCCCGGCACUCCCACCGGGCUGCCCAAGGGCUCGGCCAGCGCGGUCACCCAGAGCCUGCCGAGGACUCCCUCAGUCACCACCAGCGGUAUUCGGGCGACGCUGACGCCCACGGUCCUGGCCCCUCGCCUGCCGCAGCCGCCUCAGAACCCGACGAACAUCCAGAACUUCCAGCUGCCCCCAGGCAUGGUCCUCGUGCGCAGCGAGAACGGGCAGCUGUUGAUGAUCCCUCAGCAGGCCUUGGCCCAGAUGCAGGCGCAGGCGCACGCCCAGGCCCAGCCUCAGACCACCGUGGCGCCCCGCCCUGCCACCCCCACAAGUGCCCCACCUGUCCAGAUCUCCGCCGUCCAGGCACCCGGGACCCCGAUCAUCGCCCGGCAGGUGACCCCGACCACCAUCAUCAAGCAGGUGUCUCAGGCGCAGACGACGGUGCCGCCGGCCGCCGCGCUGCAGCGCUCGCCCGGGGUGCAGCCUCAGCUCGUGCUGGGCGGCGCCGCCCAGACGGCCUCACUCGGGACGGCGACGGCUGUUCAGACGGGGACGCCGCAGCGGACCGUCCCGGGGGCCGCCACCGCCUCCACGGCUGCCACGGAAACGAUGGAAAACGUGAAGAAGUGUAAGAACUUCCUGUCCACGCUGAUAAAGCUGGCCUCGUCCGGGAAGCAGUCCACGGAGACGGCGGCCAACGUGAAGGAGCUGGUGCAGCACCUGCUGGACGGGAAAAUCGAAGCAGAAGACUUCACCAGUCGGCUCUACCGAGAACUCAAUUCUUCACCUCAACCGUACCUUGUGCCUUUCCUGAAGAGGAGCUUGCCCGCCUUGAGACAGCUGACGCCGGACUCCGCGGCCUUCAUCCAGCAGAGCCAGCAGCAGCAGCCGCCCGCCCCGCAGGCCACCACCGCGCUCACGGCCGUGGUGCUCAGCAGCUCCGUCCAGCGCACGGCCGGGAAGACGGCGGCCACCGUGACCAGCGCCCUCCAGCCCCCCGUCAUCAGCCUCACGCAGCCCACACAGGUUGGCGCUGGCAAGCAGGGGCAGGCCACGCCGCUGGUGAUCCAGCAGCCGCCCAAGCCCGGAGCGCUGAUCCGGCCCCCGCAGGUGACGCUGACGCAGACGCCGAUGGUGGCGCUCCGGCAGCCCCACAGCCGCAUCGUGCUGACCACGCCCCAGCAGAUCCAGCUGAACCCGCUGCAGCCAGUCCCGGUGGUGAAGCCGGCCGUGUUGCCCGGAACCAAAGCGCUCUCUGCGGUCUCGGCCCAGGCGGCGGCUGCUGCGCAGAAAAACAAGCUCAAGGAGCCGGGGGGCGGCUCGUUUCGGGACGACGAUGACAUCAACGAUGUGGCGUCCAUGGCCGGGGUCAACCUGUCGGAAGAAAGCGCGAGAAUCCUGGCCACGAACUCCGAGUUGGUGGGCACCCUCACGCGGUCCUGCAAAGACGAGACCUUCCUCCUCCCGGCGCCUCUGCAGAGACGGAUCCUGGAGAUCGGUAAGAAGCACGGCAUCACGGAGCUGCACCCCGACGUGGUGAGCUACGUGUCGCACGCCACGCAGCAGAGGCUGCAGAACCUCGUGGAGAAGAUAUCGGAGACAGCCCAGCAGAAGAACUUCUCUUACAAGGACGACGACCGGUACGAGCAGGCGAGCGACGUGCGGGCGCAGCUCAAGUUCUUCGAGCAGCUGGACCAGAUCGAGAAGCAGAGGAAGGAUGAGCAGGAGAGGGAGAUCCUGAUGCGGGCGGCCAAGUCUCGGUCCCGACAAGAGGAUCCGGAGCAGUUGAGGCUGAAGCAGAAGGCGAAAGAGAUGCAGCAGCAGGAGCUGGCGCAGAUGAGGCAGCGGGACGCCAACCUCACCGCGCUGGCCGCCAUUGGGCCCCGCAAGAAGCGGAAAGUAGACUCUCCAGGUCCAGGCUCGGGGACAGAGGGCUCGGGCUCCGGCUCGGCGGUCCCCGGCAGCUCCGGCGUGGGCGCCCCCCGGCAGUUCACGCGGCAAAGGAUCACGCGGGUCAACCUCAGGGACCUCAUCUUCUGUCUCGAGAACGAGCGCGAGACCAGCCACUCGCUGCUGCUCUACAAGGCGCUCCUCAAGUAGCCCGGGACGGCGCGUCUCCGCGGGGACGCCGGACGGUCUCACACGUGCGCGGAGCACGCGGCGUGGGGCAGGCCCACGGGAUGUUGUUUCAGAAACAGCCACCUCUUUGCGACGGAACCGUUUUAUACCCCCGUUUCUAUGUCACCUCUCACCCGAGGAGAACCUGCCUCCGUGGCAAGAGCAGAGGCCCGCGGGCGCUCUUAGGCACGGACGGCGGAACCCCGGCUCAUCCUUGAUUGAGUGGCCUUCUUGCCAAACAAGCCAUAUAUGAGAACUGACCGAUCGUUAGCAAGUAACUAGCUGCCCCCGCCGCUCCCAGCGGUUUCUGCAUCGUUUGUGCGUUUGGUUUUAGUUGGGCCCCCUCCCCGCGUAGCUGUGUGUCUGCAAGCCGAUGACCUCAUUUCACUUAUUUUACGUUGUACCAGUCAGUUGGCAAAGCAAACUGAUUUUAGACUAUUUAUCUGCCCCCGCCCCGCCCCUUCGUCCGAGUGCUCGAGGGACACGACCGGCGCGGCUGCCGCGGGCCAGCCCCGACCCGCGCGGCGGCCCGUGCCCCGCCGCUCCCGGCCCCGAGCGUGCGGUCGGCACCUGUACAGAUGCAUUUUAUUUGCUAUAGUUUGUAAAGCUGUAAAGUUAAAGAGAGAAGAAAACCUUUUCAGCAUAAAUAUAUUUUACUUGCACUGUGUUUUUUAGCUGAGAGUGAAAACUUAGAUGAAAUAAAGUCAGCGUUGGGAAGAAGCAUCGCGAGACUGUUUCUCGGUGUGAAUCACGUGCUG